CCAACACCAACCACUAGAUGGCGACAAAUAAAACCUUCCAUGCCUUCAUGAAAUGUGAUGGUGUAUUUGAUUAUUCCGCACUCCAUCAUUGCACUGUAGUCUUGCAUAACAAUCAUGACAGCUAAACGGGUUUAAGACGCGCAGAACUAAGAACUACUCUAUGUAAGAUGAACACUGAGGACAAGUUGGAAGGUAUGCUGCUGAAGUGCAGCGAUGGAGGAGGGAGAGAUGGCCUGGGCAGCGGAGGAGGACUCGUGGUGAUGACCCUGGGGGAAAGGUCGCUGGCAAACCACCCUCUGCUGGCCGAGGAUGACGACGACGAAGACGAUGAUGAGGAUUUGACUGAAAGCUCGCUGGUCACUCAUGACCUGGUCCCUCCAGAGCAGCUGAUGAUGCAGGAGGACAUCACCAAGAAUGGUGGAGGAGGAGAAGAGGAGGGAGGAGGCGAGGUGGGAGUGCAUUUCCCCCUAAAACUCACCAAUAAGUUGCCCUGCUUGCUUCAUAUGCCAUUGAGCAUCAAGCAGGAACUGAAACUGUCUGAGCCAGCGGCCCAUAUAAAGAAGGACAAAAAAGCAAUUAAGGACCUGAUGGUGUGUCCCAAGAAGAAAAAGAGGAAGCAGCGUUCACCAGCAAAGAUUCUCAGCAUCAACGAUGAUGGAUCAUUGGGCAUACCAAACCCCAAAUGUCACGUCUGUGUUCACUGUAAUGCUGCAUUCAGAACAAACUACCAUCUGCAGAGGCAUGUCUUCAUCCACACUGGUGAGAAGCCAUUUCAGUGCAGCCAGUGUGACAUGCGCUUUAUUCAGAAGUACCUUCUCCAAAGACACGAGAAGAUCCAUACUGGCGAGAAGCCUUUUCGCUGUGAUGAGUGUGGGAUGAGGUUCAUCCAGAAGUACCACAUGGAAAGACACAAGAGGACUCACAGUGGAGAGAAGCCCUACCAAUGUGACUACUGUCACCAGUACUUUUCCAGAACAGACCGGGUUUUAAAGCACAGACGAAUGUGUCACGAGAACAGAGAGAGAAAGACAAGCAAGACUGCUGGUAAAGUUGGACCUUUGCGUGAAACAGAUUCUUUAGGGGCCCCCUUUCUUGCCAAAGAGUGUUCACUGCCCAAGAAAAAGCGCCAAAAGUGUGCAGACAAGAGUUCAGGUGCUUCCACUACUGCCCAGCCAGAAGGACAUACUUUUUCUGCUGUAGAAACAGACGAGAAAGAAGAUCAGAGACAGACUAAAAUUGAAGGUCUAUCUCUUUAUACUGUGUCCUCCAAAGUCAAGCAUGAGUAUGUGAUUGCUGACUACUCCGUAGAACUUCCUGAAGAAACAACCAGCCAACACGAAGAGGGCGACAUGUCAUCAGAAGAGACGACUCCUCCUAAACUAGUCCUGAAGAAAGUCCCCAAGAGGAGUCUUAAGCAGUCCACCGAACAAACUUCUUCCUGCUUGUCCACUUUGUCCACCUUUGAGGAAAACAGUAAGGUUACACAGUACACCUUCGAAAUCGUGGAUAAACAAGGCCUUUUAGACGUCGAAGGCAACACUGAACUCGAGUCGGUUGAAACUCUUCAAGGAGGACCAACAAAACCAGCAGCCAACAGCACAAACUAUGAUGACGCCAUGCAGUUCCUGAAGAAGAAACGUUACCUUCAAGCUGCUAUGACCAACAACAGUCGGGAUUAUGGCCUGAACACAAGCAGCAUCUCUUCUCAGCCGUCUGUUACACAAACAGUGGUGUCAGCUGUCAUCGAUGAAACUGUCCCUGCUACCAUUCUGGAGCCCCAGCCAAUCAGCACAGAGAUUAAGACAAGUCAUGACAAGAAUGUAUUGCCUGAUGAGGUUCUUCAGACGCUGUUGGAUCACUACUCCAACAAAGCUAAUGGGCAAUCAGACAUUACUUUUAGCGUGGCAGACACAGAGGUGACCUCAAGCAUAUCUAUUAAUUCCUCCGAUGUUUCAGACGGCAGCCCUGUGGAGAGCCUCGGGGUCUCUAGUGCCCAGACUCAGCCACCUAGUGAGAAAGUCAGCCUUUUGCAAGAAUACUCCAAAUUUCUCCAGCAAGCAUUGGAGAGGACCAGUCAAAAUGACAGCUACCUGACCAGCCAGAGCCUCAGCUUGGUCUCUGAAAACCCCACAUUAGCCGGACAACCUCUGUUCUCCACUGAAAAACAAUUUCCUUCCCCAAGCAGGUUCAAAUCAGGGAUGAGCUCUCCGCUAAGGUCCACUUUGGAGAAGCCUCACUUUGGAUUACUCGUCGGGGACUCCCAGAACUCGUUUUCAUUUUCAGGUGAUGAGACCACCCCUCCCUCUGCAGUGUCCCCAGCUGAGGAGGACUUUUUGGAGCAGGUCUCGCCCUCCAAAAAGGCAGAUUCGUCACAAGGGAUAUUGCAGACUUUUCAAAUAAGCUCCUUUGAUCAGAACUUCAAAUCUCAUUUCCAGACCUCGAGAUCUGGAUCCUCCUCACAGUUUGUCGCCAAUGGACAAGUAAGUGUUCGAGGACACAGCACAGACUUCUCAGAGUUCCCUUUAGUUCGAGUCACAGAGACCAGGUCUCAACUGAACUCCUCCCCUGAUGUUUCAACCAGUGAAUCAUUUGGCUGAAGGGAAGGGGAGGGAGGACAAGUCAUUUCUGUUAAUAAUUUCAGCGGCACUUUAUCUCAUCUCUCCUGUUUUGCCAAAACAAGCCCCAUUGCAAUUAUGUGCUCUUUCUUCAAGCAGUUUGUUAGAAAAGAUAUUCAUGUUUUGCUUUUGUUUCUUUUUUGUUUGUUUUCUAAACUUUAACCUCGCAAAUGAAAAUACUAAAAAUAACUAUAAUUAGCAUCUCCCCUUUGGAAAAAAAAAAAAAUUCUUGAUCCAGAAUGUAUAUUAAGAGAUUAAGCGACCAAAGUGUAAUGCGAGAGACUUCUUUUUCUGUCAUACCAUUGCCAUAGAGUUUAUUUUUAAUGUUAGUGUCAAUCAGUUUGCCUUGCACAAAAAAUGAUCAAGUCAGUCUUGCUGCUUAAUGCAAUAUUUCCACUUAUUAAAAUGUAGGCUGUAUUUAUGUAUGCCUUUUUGUUCUUACUGUAGCUACCUCCCCUAGCUGUUUAUCUGAUAAAAACAACAGAAUUUGUAUUCAUCGGUAGAACCUUUUUAUUCCAGCUGUCAAAUUGUCUACUGAAAUGACCCAAUAAUUAGGACAUGACAACACAAUCAUUUUUUUCUUUUCAUAUAUUUAAAGUCACUUUAUUCUCACCUGAAAUGGAUAGUUCCACUGGGUGUGUGUCAUGAACGGUUCACAAAAGAUUUGACUGUAUUUGCCCGAUACAUUUUUCAUUUACAGAUUGGGUCUAAUUUGGCCGGUGUGAUGGCCAACAAUGAGAAAUGUUCUCAUUCAUAAGUAGUUAAACAUUGUGCGGCUUAAUGUGUUCCCUUUGUGGCUGAAUUUCUUGGCACUGACUUUACAAAUGUGGCUCUAGUGCAGAAUAGGCUGUGUAACAAAAAAAAAAAGGCCGGGCUGCGUUAGAUUUAAAACAAGUUUUUGUCUCCCCAAAAAUGGAUUUGGGCUUCAAAUAGCUGCACACAUGUGAUGGUUGCAGGAUAAUUCUUAUUUUCUUUGCCUAGUAUACGUGAUUUGUAAUGAAAUUACUUAACAGGAUUGUGCUUAGUGUUUGCACAAUUUGCACAUUCUUCACUACAGGGAAUGUAGUUCGUGCUUUCACAGUGGAGGAAUUGCAUAAAAAAGUCAAACUUUUUGUUGAGAUUUGUGAGCUUAACCACUUAAAACUCUUGUGUCAGACUUGGUGAAACUACAAAUUGUGCUCUUUGCAUUUGUCACUUAAAAGGAUGCAGCUCUUGUAGAUUUGUAGUUCUUAUUCGUAGAAACUGAACAGUUUUUUGGGGGAUGGACGAUGAGAUGAGAACCCCUCGUCAUCAGUGAACGUCUAAGUUUUAUCAAAACUAUAUUAUGAAUUAUACAGUACAUGUAGAAAUGAGGUGUGUUAUUUUACGUCUGUGCCUUUCUUUUUGUCUUAUUCCAGCAUUUCCUUUGCUCAUUCCUCCAUAUGUACUUUUUGUUUUCAUUUUAUUUUUUUGAACUCAGUCUGCGCUCUAAGGCUACUAAUUCCACUUGCACAAAAACAACAAAUACAUAAGCUAUCAACUUAUCCACUCUGUAAUAUGUUAAGAUCUGGGAGCUUUAUUUAAUUUCGCUUGUUAUAUUUUUACUGUUUUAGAAUUUUAGCAAAAAAAUAUCACCGAGUUUAAGUCUUGCUUGUGGUUGGGAGGAAAUAGCAUUUCACUGACUGCGCUGCCGUAUGUGUACGAGUACAGAAUCAUGUUUUAGAUGUUUGUGGUUUUAAUGAUUAUCAUCUGUUUGCUAGAAGCCAGUAGUAAGUCACAGCUGUCCAGGCCCUUGUUGGAACCUUCAGUUUUAAACACACAAGUAAUAACGAGUGAGUGAGGUCUUUUUUCUACUUCAUCACUUUGUCGAUUGCUUUCCAUGCGUACAUGAUGUUUUCGGUGCUCUUGUGUUAAACACUGUUUUCCUCUGCACCAUCCAGUGUAGGCUUAAUGUUGAGCUCCCUCUUGUUACUGACAAUCCGGGACAGACAGCACCACAUUCAUCAAUUUCUUUUACCUGUCUUCAUCGAUCAUUCCCUCUAGAAUGUAUAGAAAUGAUCCUGCUGUAAAUACAUUGUAUAUUUUUUAUGUUCUGAGAAGUACUGUUAGUUUUUUGUCAAUAGAGAGGACAAGACGUGUGCCAGAGACACUUUUUUUUUUGUCAGCGGAAGGCAUGUUAACUUGUUUCCAAGCAUUUAUUAGACUGAACAACGAAUCACUUUUUCUUCCCGACAAAAUGAUGUGGCUUUCUGAGAAUUGUAUAUAUAUAUAAAUAUAUAUAUAUAUAUGUCACCACUGUAUCAGAAGAAAAUUGACACUUUUUUAAAAAAGUUUUCUUGCCGAUUGCUUAAAAGUGAAUUUUGAAGUUUUUGUAAGUGCAGUUAAAAUGUGCAUUGUGAUGGGGCUUUACAGUACAGAGCUGUGGAUAAUGAAAAUCCCUCACUUCCAGGAAACGAUUUUGAAAUAUGACGCCACCUGAAAUCAGUCUGUUUAGCAUCACAUAUUCCCCCUUAACAGCAGCUUGAGUUCAUGUCAUCUGCAACAGAUUUGGAGUGAAUUAUCACUUAAAAAUAAUGGUUGUGUGGUGGAAGUUCCCCAUCAGCUAACCCAUUUCAUUGUCAGUAACCUCUAAAAGCACAGUGCAGAUGAGCGAUUCUGCUUUUGUAAAUUGUACCCCAUCCCUGAAAAGUUUCAUUUAAGCAAUUAAAAUGCAAAAAAAAGGAGUUAAAGAUUCAUGAACAAUACGAGCAGCACCACGGUAUUUUGUUCCUUUUGAUUAACUAUAGUCAGUAACCUGGCCAUAAGUGUCCUUGUGUAAGCUAGAGAAAAAAAAUAUUUGUUUUGUGUAAAAAGAUCUGAAUUAUGAAUUUUUUGAUAAAAACUAUUUUUGAAACAUGUCAUUUAAGGCACUGGUAUGUACAGUAUAUCAUAUGCAGUCACUGUUGCUACCCUCAUUUAUCUCUGUACAAGUCGUUUGUGUCAAGAUCUUUCAAGUAACAGAUGGGAAUCUGAACUUUGAUUGGCAUUUUCAUACUUUUUAAGAAUUUGAGAAGGAAGCCUGCUUCACUGUACGGUUGGUCUUACGUUAGGUUUAUUUGCAUGGUCUGACUUGUUGGGUCGAGUGAACUUGUUUUAUGAAUAAUGUGCAGCUUUAAUUGUAGCUGGUUAAUUUCAGUCAAGUAACCCAUAUGAUUAGAUUUUUGCAAUAUAUUAUGAUUUGUAAGCGAUCUGAUUAAAUUGUUGUUUUGAUUGUUGUGUGUCAUGCCCUUAUAAAUAAAAUAAUUCACAGUA